UUUUUCAAGACCAUUCCAGUCACGGUGCAGCUAUGAGAUAGGUAAGUUGAAAUUUAACUUUGUUUUCCCCGUAAUUCAACAAUUACUGGGUGAAUAUUAUAUGGAAAUUUUAUAUGAGAUUGGGCCACAUGCAUAUAAUAUGAAUAUAUAUGAAAGUAAAGAUACGCGAUAAAAAUAAUAUGUAUGUAGUGGCGGGAGUUUAUAAGUAAAUAGCAGAUCAGCUGAUGAGUGACAACAGACGAAAGCGUAUCGUUCUUGGUCUUGGUUAUGGCGACAAGCAGUUCUGAUGGGUCUUGUACAGCACCUGCAGAUUUUCAGCUUUCGUCAGAAUUGGAAGACGGUGCAAAUCGUACAAGUGUAAAUUUAUUAAAGUGCCCAUUGUGCCAUAAUAAUCGUCGAAUUUUUUAUUGUCGUCAGUGCAUCCAAAAUGGAGAUUUUAUCUAUUCAACUUCUGUUUAUUGUGAACGAUUUGCAGAUAAACAACUGCGACUUUUACGGUUGAAAGCUGCCAGAACUGAAUUAGAAGAAAAAUGCAUUAAAGCACUUGAAAAACAUAAACAAAGGGAUAAAUUGAUAUGUGAUAUAAAUACAUAUAAAGAAAGAAUUAGACUACUCCAAUCAUUAGUAAAUGAAACAAGACAAAGUAUAAACAGAGGUAAUCAACGUUUAAAUGUUCUCAAAGAUGUAAACUCCCAAUUAGCUUUGAGAUUACCUAGACACGAAGAACGAGUAGAAAAAUUACAUAAAUACGUUACUGGUUUGAAAGCAAAACAAGAAAAACAAAAAGAAACUGUAGACAGGAAAAGACAGCAGUUAAAAAAAAUUAUUAGGACUGCUGCAAAACAAUUAAUUAAAUAUAUUUUCCCCAUAUCAGAACUGCAACCUAGUAGAAGUUUAUGUAGUAGUGAGGAAGACACUAGUUCAGAUGUAACUUGUGCACUAGCAGAUGCAUCUGGAACUUCAUAUGUUAGAGGUAGAUGGAUUAAUGACACAGAAAAUGCUCUAGAAGUUCAACAUCGUAUAGUUGCUCCAACACUACCAGGAAAUGGAGAUUAUAGCGCUUAUUCUUUAUGGGUGGCAGCAAAUAAAGAUGGAGUACCAGGUGCAAAUAAAGAGACUGCAAUGCACAAUCCAGCAUAUAAUAUCAGUGCUGCUUUAACUUAUGCUACACAGUUGGUUAAUAUUAUUGCUUAUUAUGUUAAUGUAAGACUACCAUAUAAGCUUGCUUAUGGUGAAUUUUGCUCUAGUGAGUUGACAGAUCAAAAAUUUGCCAAAAAAGUAGCAAGGCUGAACAGUAAUGUGCUACAUUUAUGUUUCACACAAAAUACCAAUAUUACAGUUUUACAUCCAAUGCAUACUCUACAAAAUUUAAUGCAUUUGCUAAAUACUGAAAUUAGUGAUCUUGGAAGAAUUGGUCCAAUGGAAGUUGAGUCAAAUAUAGUAGCACAAUUACACAGUCAAUUAGUUCCUGAUUUAGAAAAUAGUGACGAUUCUGCAUCUGAUGAAGAAGAAGAUGCAUUUAACUGGGAUUGGGAAGCUGUACCAAAUGUUGCUUGUCCCGAAAUGAUAGUUCCAAUUCCUGGUGCAAUGGUUAGUCAACAAUCAUCUAGCAUGCAGGUGAAUCAAAGUGUUGCUGGAGGUUUAGUUACAAGUGCUGCAGCUAGUAUAGCCUCUAUUUGGCGUGGUUGGACUACAAACAAAUAGACUGUUCUAUUUAAUUAACAAAUCUCUUUUUAUACAAA